UCACUCCACUAUACAAAUUACAGUGCUUUUCAUCAUUUGCUCACUUGGGGAAAUUCAGAAAGCCUCACAGGACUACAGGAGGAUAUAAAGGAAAAGAGGUAGAAUACUUCCAUCCAUACUGACCAGCAACAGCAGGGGACAAGUCAGCGCAAUGGCCACGGAGGUCCACAUGCCAGGACCCAUGUGCCUCAUCGAGAAUGUGAAAGGUCAACUGAUAGCCAACCAGGAGGCUCUGGGAAUCCUGUCUGACAUCACACAGCCUGUGGUAGUGGUAGCCAUUGUUGGCCUCUACCGCACAGGUAAAUCCUACUUGAUGAACAAACUGGCUGGGAAGAAAACAGGCUUCUCUCUGGGCUCCACAGUGCAGGCUCACACCAAGGGGAUCUGGAUGUGGUGUGUGCCUCAUCCCAAGAAGGCAGGCCACACACUGGCUCUGCUUGACACUGAGGGCCUGGGAGAUGUUGAAAAAGGUGACAAUCAGAAUGACUGCUGGAUCUUUGCCCUGGCUAUACUUCUAAGCAGCACUUUUGUGUACAACAGCAUGGGAGCCAUCAACCAGCAGGCCAUUGACCAGCUGCACUAUGUGACAGAGCUGACAGACAGAAUCAGAUCAAGGUCCUCACCUGAACAGGAUGAGGUGCAGGACUCACAUGAGUUUGUGAGAUUCUUCCCGGACUUUGUGUGGGCUCUGAGGGACUUCUCUCUUGAGCUGAAAGUAAAUGGGAAACCCAUCUCUGCAGAUGAAUACCUAGAGAAUUCCCUGAAUCUUAAACAUGGUACUGGCCAAAAAGAUAAAGUAAAAGUGUUAAAUCUGCCUCAGCUCUGUAUCCAUAAGUUCUUCCCAAAGAAGAAAUGCUUUGUCUUUGAGCAGCCAGUGCAUGGGAAGAAGCUUGUCCAGCUGGAAUCGCUGCAGGAUCAAGACCUGCACUCCAACUUUGUGGAACAAGUGGCAGAGUUCUGUUCCUAUUUGUUCAACUCUUCCAAGGUUAAAACACUUUCAGGAGGCAUCAAGGUCAAUGGACCACGACUAAAGAGUUUGGUGGUAACCUAUGUGAACACCAUCAGCAGUGGAGGUCUGCCAUGCAUUGAGAAUGCAGUCCUGGCUUUGUCCCAGACAGAGAAUGCAACUGCAGUGCAAAAGGCUAUUGCUCACUAUGACCAGAGGAUGAGCCAGAAGUUGCAACUGCCCACAGAGACCCUCCAGGAGCUGAUGAGCCUGCACAGGGCCAGUGAGAAAGAAGCCAUCAAGAUCUUCAUGGAAAAUUCCUUCAAAGAUGUUAAUCAAGUAUUCAUGACAAAAUUAGUGGCUGAGCUAGAAACAAAGCAAGAGGAAUUCCUUAAGAAAAAUGAAUGGGCAUCCUCAGAUCGCUGCUCAGCUCUGCUUCAGGAUAUUUUCAGUCCACUAGAAGAAGAUGUGAAGCAAGGUUUUUAUUAUAAACCAGGGGGAUACCAUCUUUUUAUCCAGAAGACACAGGAGCUCAAGAAAAAAUAUUAUGAGGAACCCAGGAAGGGGGUUCAGGCUGAAGAAGUUCUGCAACAAUUUUUGCAAUCCAAGGAUGAUGUGAUUAGCACAAUUCUACAGAUAGACCAGGAUCUGACAGAAAAGGAAAAGAACAUUGAAGUGGAGCAUGUGAAAGCUGAAGCUGCUCAGACUACAGUACAAAUACAGCAGGAAAUGCAGCAGAAGAUUGAACAGCUACUGCAUCAGAAAGAAAAGACCCAUGAGGAGCACAUGAAACAGUUGACUGAGAUGAUGGAGAAGGGACAGGCCCAGGUGAGAGAAAUGCAACAAAAGAAUGAACAGUUGCUGCAACAGAGAGAGGAGACCCAUGAGGAGCGCAUGAAACAGUUGACUGAGAAGACAGAGGAAGUGCAGAUCCAGAUGCGAGAAAUGCAACAGAAGAAUGAACAGCUGCUGCAACAGAAAAGGAAUCAUGAGGAGCGUAUCAAACAGUUGACUGAGACGAUGGAGAAAACACAGGCCCAGAUGCAAGAAAUGCACCAAAAGAAUGAACAAUUGCUGCAAGUGAAAAAGAGUCACAAGGAGCGUGUGAAAGAGUUGACUGAGAAGAUGGCGAAGACACAGAAUGAUUAUGAGAAAGUUUGCCAGCUUUAUUCACAGGAACGGGAGGAAAAUAUAAAACUUAAAGAAGAAUUAAGACAUUUGAAGGAAAAGCGAUGUUUCAUAAGCUAAAGGCCUAAAGAGCUGAGCCACUCUGCCAUUCGAAGAAGAGCUGACUAGGGUACAGAACUGGGAAGAAGAGUGACUCUAGUUGAAAAAAACUGUGCAAAAAUAUUUAGCGUGAAUUUUGAAAUCAAAUUUAUCUUCAUAUAAGUUUGUGCAUCAAGAAUUCCACUGACAUCUUUACCAUAGAGGAUGUACCAACAGCACUACUCAGCAGGAAGUACUUUUUUCAGAUGAUCUCAUGGAUACAAAUGAACACUUAACACAUUCUUAAUCAUUGGCCCAUAACUUGGAACCAAGUUGUCCAGGACUGUGGUAGGUCAGAAAUAGCCAGCUUCAUUUCCUACAAUGCAAAGUUAUCCAUUAUAUCAAAAGUGUUCAACCUUUCAGCAAUGGUUUGAUUUGAGAACACUGAUGAUGGAUAACCCUAUCGACACAUUAUAUUAUAAAUCAAGACACCUGCAUGGAGACCUAUAGUACUAUGUAUAUUAUCUACAACAAAAGAGAAGAAGCCAUUAAGCAUGACAAGAAGCUGAAUCACAGGUCCAGGGAAUGUUUCAGUUCAUGUAGAUUGACGCUGUAAUGGGACAUUCCUAAGUUUUAACUGUUGACACUGAUUAUGUACUAAGAUGAUGAACUAAGCAUAAUGUAGAACAGUAACUUUAAGGAUGGAUUUUAUAUGAUGAUCGGUGAUCUACAGAUAUCAAAGGUAUUUGAAUGAUUUAUCUGUAACCAUAAACUUACACUACUCUUUUCCUAUGAUUAGCAGCUGUAUGUGAAAUCCUGUUGAUUUUUACCCAAGAAGAAUAAAGAUUAUUUUCCCCUA